AUGGUCAACUCCUGUUGUGGCUCUGUCUGCUCUGAGGAGGGUUGUGGCCAAGGCUGCUGCCAGCCCAGCUGCUGCCAGACCACCUGCUGUAGGACCACCUGCUGUCGUCCCAGCUGCUGUGUGUCCAGCUGCUGCAGACCUAGCUGCUGCCAGUCUGUGUGCUGCCAGCCCACCUGCUGCCGCCCCAGCUGUUGCAUUUCUAGCUGCUGCAGGCCUUCCUGCUGCCGCCCUAGCUGCUGUGUGUCCAGCUGCUGCAGGCCCCAGUGCUGCCAGUCUGUGUGCUGCCAGCCUACCUGCUGCCGCCCCAGCUGUUGCAGGCCUUCCUGCUGCCGCCCUAGCUGCUGUGUGCCUUCUUGCUGCCGCCCCAGCUGCUGUGUGUCCAGCUGUUGCAGACCCCAGUGCUGCACCCCCACCUGCUGCCAGACUACCUGUUGCAGGACCACCUGCUGCCGCCCAUCAUGCUCCAGUGGUUCUUGCUGCUGA